UUGCCACAGUGAAGUGUUCUAUUGCUGUGAAGUGUGUGCACCGCUAUCGAUACAAAAAACUUCAAGUAUCCGAUAGUAAUCAGAACCCGCAUUAUCAUGGCUGGCGAAGGUGUAACCUUCAAUAAAGCAGGAAGGAAAAAAGCAACCAAACAAAACACACUCUGGAAGCUUCGUAGGACGCGUUGUCUGCUCCAGUGGGUGGAAACUUCGUUAAAUGUUGGACGCAAUGGCAAGCCAUUAAGUGUACCGAAGCAAGUCUUUCGAGUGACGGUGGAAUUUAGCAUAGAUGAUUCGAUGCUCGCACUCAACAUCCAAAACAUGUGCUCCCAAGUGCUGAUCCUGCGAUCGAUCUUUCUGUACUACGAAACGAACAAGCGUGUCACGCUGCACGAAGGCGUUAUCCGCAUGGUGUCCGGGUACGAGUUUACGAUGGAAAAGCAGAUCCGAGAAAAGGAGGAUUGUUCGUACCAUGUGGUGCUACUCUGUCACGUGCUCGGCACUAACUACAGGCUUCGUGAAACCGUCAUGAUCCACAAGCUGAUGCCGAGAAAACCGCGCGGCCGUCCUCUUCAAUUAUCAAAGAUGCCAUUGUUCGAGGUGCCAGAGUACGUGCAAGAUGUUUACUUGAACGGGUUUCUGACCAACCAACACUACAGUCGCAACGCAAGCCUGUGGUUGGAACGGUUCAGCAAGUACCGCGAGGAGCCGCUUAACUCAUCAAAUUACGUCGAAUACUUGCGCAUGCUGAAUCAGGUCGACGAGUUCGAUAGCCACCUUCAGAUGCUGCGAUACACGAUCGAAAGUGCUACGCUGGAUGAAAUGACGUCCCCGAAGGAGUACCUGCUCUCUAUCGAACAGUUCAAAGUGCCUCCCGUGUUGCUCGACAUUGGCUCGCACGUGCACGUAUUCUAUGAAUCCAAUGUGCCGUGCGUAACACGUGGAUACAUCAUCGAUUGUAGUUCGCAUUUCAUCAUCAAAACUGAAAUUCCACUAAGAAAGCUGUCCUCGUUAAAGCUCACUUUUCCCCUAAACCGUACGCAGUAUAAGAUGGAAUAUAUGGCGCUUAAUUAUCUAUGCAAUCUCGAUCUGAACCGUAUCAUUUUUCCCGCCCCGGUAGCGACCAAACCAAAAAAAAACAAGGAUGGUUUCAAGGAAGAACCGAUUACAACAUUCGAGUGGUAUCAAGAUUCUAUCGCUAACAACGAACGUCAGAAACAGGCGAUUAAAAACAUUAUCAACCGAACGGCCUAUCCGGCGCCGUACAUCCUUUUCGGUCCGCCUGGGACGGGUAAAACUUACACCAUUGUGGAGGCGGUAUUGCAGAUCUACAAGCUACGUCCCAAAUCACGCAUCCUUGUGACGGCCACAUCUAAUUACGCUUGCAACGAGCUGACAAAACGGUUACUAAAGUACGUGAAUCAUUCGGAUAUUUUUCGUUACUUUUCGUUCACCGCGGAACGGGAUAUACACGGGAUAGAUUUAAACGUAAUAGAGGUGUCGAACAUGCACUGCGGUGAGUACGAAACGCCCGCAAUGGAAGAUUUCACACAAACCCGCAUCCUCGUCUGCACGGUCAUUAAUUGUGGUCGUUUGCUGCAACUGAAUGUUGCUAGAAACAUGUACGACUACAUCUUCAUCGACGAGUGCGGCAGCUGCAAGGAACUGUCCGCACUCGUACCGAUCGGAUGCAUUGGCACGGAUAGUCGCAACAAAAGGCUGCACGCUAGCAUCGUGCUGGCCGGCGAUCCGAAGCAACUGGGACCGGUUACGCGGAUGCCCUAUUUGAAAAACACUCCCCACGAUGUUUCGCUUCUGGAGCGCCUGAUGGAGUUACCGCUUUACAGCAAAGACAUGAAUAAUAACGAGUACAACCCGCACAUGGUGACGAAACUGCUGGACAACUACCGUUCACACCGCGCACUGUUUAGAUUUUCCAACGAACAGUUCUACGAAGGCGAACUGCGCGCUAAGGGAGCACCCGCCAUAACGAGCUGGGCAGUGAACUGGCGACUUUUGCCGAAUCUAAACUUUCCGAUGGUAUUCCAUUCUGUGAUUGGCUAUAUGCAACAGGACUCAAUUACGCUCAGUUAUUGGAAUGUGCAGGAGGCGAACAAAGUGUACGAGUAUGUGCAACUGUUGAUGAAGGACGGAAUCAACGGUCGUAUCAUGCAACAGGAAGACAUCGGCGUCGUAACGCCCUAUUCCAAACAGACGGAGUUCCUUAAGAAUGGUCUUGCGUUACUCGGGUUCGAUAACAUCGAGGUUGGUUCGGCGGAACAGUAUCAAGGACGCGAGAAACCUGUAAUCAUAAUCUCAACGGUACGUUCGAAUCGCACAACGAUCGGAUUUUUGGCCGAUCCAAGGCGCCUAAAUGUGGUGCUGACACGUGCCCAAGCACUAACCAUCAUUAUCGGUAAUCCCCUAAACUUAAUGACGAACAGCACGUGGUAUAGCUUCCUGCACCUGCUUAAAAUCAACGGGGCUUUUAGGGAUAAAAAGUUUAAGUUACCGAACAAACCGCCAUCCAAUUGUGAUAUCCGUAAAACGGAAUCGAAUCAUGGGCAGACGUCAUACGCAUAACUGUUCUAUUUAUGACCACGAUCGAUAUUACGCUAGUAUUAGACAGACCCCUUUACCUUUCUGUAAGUGACAACCGUAUUCCGCAGAAUGUGAGACUUUUUUUCUACUGGACAAGUUUAUAGUUGAAAGAUAAGGCAAAUAAUAAUAGUAUGGAAUUAUGUAAUUUGAUAGGUUUAACUACCGUACCGUGUAAGGAACCGUAGGCGUAAGUGGGUUCAUCGUCUCUGGUAGGUAAAAGAGAACAAAAGUAUCUCCGAUUCGAUUGCGACUCGCAUUCACUGUAACAACGGGUCGGAGUCGCGUAGGCUUUCUUGCGCAUACCGGAAUCGGAAUCGGUGAACCUACAAAUCCCAAUUUUCACCUACUGAUGUAUCCGAACCGAUUCGGAUCGUCUACGGAUACGGAUCCGGAUCGUGUACAAAUGAAUACCAUUACUUUGCAUUGCACCGAACGUCGAAUAAACGAUGCCAAAAUUGAUCAUCAUUUUUGAAAAACCAUUUUGUGCACGACUUGUUACAGAAUAUAAGAAUUACCGAUAACGUACAAAUUAAGGUAGAAAUCACGGACAGAGUUACCAGACUAGUACGAAUAAUGGUGCCAGGUGAUGGUGGAUGGAAAACUCUCAGAGACCUUUGCUAUCAGCAAGGAUCUGUGCCAAGUAGAUGGACAAGCUUGUUUAUUCUUCAAAUGUUCAAAUGUGUAUGUCAAAAUACUUUUUAACAGAAUGGAGGCAUGGAUCUUGAUCAAUGAUCAAUUCUUGUGCGUCCGCCAGAAUGGCUGGGAUUUUGUAUUGGCAAAAACGACAGUGCUCGACUGUUGUAGGUUUAGAGGAUUCCUGUUGCUGGCCAAACCCGAGAAGCAGUUGUAGUGCCGCAUAAGUAAAUAAGCAAUGAAGAAUUCAGAAUUUCCUGUCUACACCAAGCAGAUGUAGAUGAGUGCCUUGGAUACUUAGACAACCGUCAACAUAGAAAGACAGUUUUUACCUGAUAGAGAUAAAUCUUCUGCAAGAUUACAGCCCCAGUUUUUGGAAAGCUGUCGUAUCAUUCAGACACAUAACAGAGUUCUUUCUAUGAAGAGAGUUUACAAUGUUAUGCUGUAAUUUUGCAGAGUAUAAUGUUAAGAGUUUUGUAAACGGAAACAAAUUAAAUGAAACAA